CGUCCAUCAAGCUGUGACUUCGAAGGAAGGAAAAUGUUGGCCCGGGACGGAAUGAGUUAAACGUCAUUUUUACAUAUUCGUGUCACUGUUUUAAAGGUGUAAACGUGUGGUCUUGGGGUCCCAGUGCUCCGGCUGUUGUAAUGCAGACGGACCCACGUCCAGGAAUCCCAGCUUCCCCAGACACCCUCUCUGCCCACCCCUUCAUCCCCUUCGCAUUCCCUUCCCAAAUGUCAGGAUUUAUUAUUAGUGUUUUAGGUUUGGGAUGUGUGGCUGGCUGUGAUGUGUUUUCUAGUGCCCUUGAGUUUGUUUGUCUUUUUUUUAACUUCCUGAACAAUGCCUUCUGCAUUUAAGGGCUUAAAACUCUCACCCCCCUUCAAAUCUUUCCACCUUUGAGAGGGAAGGAUGAGGAUUGGAGGUAGGAAAAGAAUCGGAUCCCUCCCCCUCCCAGGAAACACACACCCUGUGAGUUGCAUAUGUCUCUCUGUGUAUUUAUUUAAUUUGAUUUUCCUGGUUGAGGUGGGGUGGCAGUAGGCAUUUUGCCAGGUUUGUUGCCUUUCGAAGUACUGACUCUAAAAUGGCUUCGGAACCCCCGUGUGUGCUGGCGUGCUGGGCCAGGCUGGCCUGCUGGUGGGGGCACGUUGGUUUCUUGGAAUGGUGUUUGAACGAUCCGCUGUGACUACAGUGGUAGGUUUACCGCUGAAGUCACCGCUCAUCCAAAAACAUGUUUUUCUAAGGACAGUUUGGACUACUGCCCAAACUCAGGGUGUGUGAGAUUUAUUUUAAAUGAGCGAUGUGCUUCCCGGGGUAUGGGAAACUAUAAAUGGGAAUUAUGUUCUCAAUCAUAAACUUUAUAGAGGAAAUUGACCCUAAAAUUUGGGGUGUCUGUAAUUCUAUGCCCAAUAAAGUUAUCAGUCUGGGGGUUUGCAAACCUCAGGAGCACAUGUUCGGGGUGUGUGUGCGUGUGUGUUAGCUCCAAAGGCUUCAGACUUGGGGGCUUGCUUCAGACCUUCAGUUGUAAUGCCAGAAAUGCUCAUAAUUAGCGUGGUUUCCCUUGUCGUUUCAGUUCUUGCGAUGAAAUGGUCAUGAGCAGUGGCAGAUUCUGGUGUUUGUCAGUGCUGUGUGUACUAGCUUGUUGGGCGGGAUGCUUGCUUUCUAGGAAACAACACUACAUUAAAACAUCAGGGAAGUUUUCCAGGACUCUUUUGAACUUGAACAUGACUGUGUUUUUAAAGUCAUUAGCUGUGGAUUACGUUGUAUACUUGCGGUACAGAGGGAAAGCAUGUUUUUCUAGAAACUGAGGACCUUGACGAGGAGAGGAAUUUUGUCAAAUGCAUUUGCUUCAAUGCCUCUUUCACUACACAGUGUUUCCUGGACCUUUUAGCUCUGCGAGAGUAAAAGGUUUCCAUAGGACCUCUACUUUGUAAACCACGUGUGCCUGCCAGUUGACAGGUGAAGUGAAUGUUUGGGACUUAAAAGUUCAAGGUGGUGUUGUCAUGUGAGCCUGCUGGCAGGUUCUUCCCAAUUCCAGGGCGGUGUUCCUCGCUGGCCUGUGGCCUCAUGACCACAGUUACACCCCCACUGGAGAUGUCAGGUGUUUCCCCUAGUUGUCUGUGAUGAUACGGACAGUCCCUUUCAACUCUGAUGCACAACUAGUGGUCAAGGUGUUGUGAUGCAGUUCUUUCCCCCUCCGCUACCCGGUUUGGUUUUCCUUGGCACACAUUCACUUGAUUCUAGGCACAUGUGCUGGUCGGAAUUCUUUUAAUGGUGUCUUUGUAUUUUUGGUGCUACCUAGGUGGAUCUGUAAUAAAGAACCCAGCCCACCAGGAGAGGGGGAAGGGAGGGGUUGAACUCUGAGGAGCUGGAACCCAAGAACCAUGUCUACGCGGGAAACCUUUAACCCAGAGACUUAUGAAUUGGACAAGAGCUUCCGGCUAACCAGAUUCACAGAACUGAAGGGCACAGGCUGCAAAGUGCCCCAAGAUGUCCUACAGAAGUUGCUGGAAUCUUUACAAGAAAACCACUUCCAAGAAGAUGAACAGUUUCUGGGAGCUGUCAUGCCAAGACUUGGCAUUGGAAUGGAUACUUGUGUCAUUCCUUUGAGACAUGGUGGGCUCUCCUUGGUUCAGACCACGGAUUACAUUUAUCCUAUCGUAGACGACCCUUACAUGAUGGGCAGGAUAGCAUGUGCCAAUGUCCUCAGUGACCUCUAUGCCAUGGGGGUCACGGAAUGUGACAAUAUGCUGAUGCUCCUCGGGGUCAGUAAUAAAAUGACCGACAGGGAAAGGGAUAAAGUGAUCCCCCUAAUUAUACAGGGCUUUAAAGAUGCAGCAGAGGAAGCAGGAACGUCGGUAACAGGUGGCCAAACGGUGUUAAACCCCUGGAUCGUUUUGGGAGGAGUUGCUACAACUGUCUGCCAGCCCAAUGAAUUUAUCAUGCCAGAUAAUGCAGUGCCAGGAGAUGUGUUGGUGUUAACGAAACCCCUGGGGACACAAGUUGCUGUCGCAGUGCAUCAGUGGCUGGACAUUCCUGAAAAAUGGAAUAAAAUUAAAUUAGUGGUCACCCAAGAAGAUGUGGAGCUGGCUUACCAGGAAGCAAUGAUGAAUAUGGCCAGGCUCAACAGAACAGGACUCAUGCACACAUUCAACGCCCAUGCUGCCACCGACAUCACCGGCUUCGGGAUUUUGGGCCACGCACAGAACCUAGCCAAGCAGCAGAGGAACGAGGUGUCAUUUGUGAUUCACAACCUUCCUGUGCUGGCUAAGAUGGCUGCUGUGAGCAAGGCCUGUGGAAACAUGUUUGGCCUCAUGCAUGGGACCUGCCCGGAGACAUCAGGAGGCCUUCUAAUCUGUUUACCACGUGAGCAAGCAGCUCGGUUCUGUGCAGAGAUAAAGUCCCCCAAAUAUGGUGAAGGUCACCAAGCAUGGAUUAUUGGGAUUGUAGAGAAGGGCAACCGUACCGCCAGAAUCAUAGACAAACCCCGGAUCAUCGAAGUCGCACCACAAGUGGCCACUCAGAAUGUGAACCCCACGCCCGGUGCCACCUCUUAAUCUAGGCAGAGGUAGCUGUUUGAUUUUGUUUUUAAAUAGAUCUAUUUCCUUUAUCAUCACUUCAAUUAAAGACUAUAAACAACAACAAAAAUCUCAUUGUGUCUACACAUCUGGUGACCGUAGGUCGAUUCGUGAGUGGAUACAAUUAAUUAAACCCAUGGCCUUUUUUUCCUGUUACAUUAACUGAAGAUGCACCUAAUCUUGAGGCAGCUUCUGAGUUGAGAAUUAUAUUGUUAUCCAAUACUGUUGAUUCAUUUUGAAUCUUUAGACACUUAUCUCUUGCCGCAUAGGCUCUUUUUAAAGGUGCUUUCAUGUAGCACAGACACUACCAGUAAGUAGUGUCCGAUAGCAGUUUUUGUCUUCAUUUUGUGUGUAUUUAUCAUAGAAGUUUCAUCAUUUUUUAAGUGUUUUGAGUGGCAUUCUGGAAAGAAGGAUUUGGUAAGUGUGACAUGAUGGCUUCCAAGCUAUAAGAGGGUUGCAUGAUUGCUCUGAAUCUGAUCACCCAAGAGCUCUCUCUGGCCCAGGACAUCCUGCAGUAGUGCAUUUAGUUCAGCAAGUCAAGUGCUUCACUCUGCAUGAAAAGCACUUUGAAGACGAAAAAGAAAUUUUAUUUCUUUAUUUUUUUUGUAGCCUUCCUGGUAUUUACAGUAGUAUCAUUAAUUAUUUUAUCAGUAGCCAAAAAAAGGAUACUUUUUGCAAUGUAAUUAGAUGUUCUAUAGUGCAACGAGGAAUUGCCUUCCAAAAGGGGGUUCGUGUAUAAUACUCAUUUGCGAUUCAAUAUAUAAUUACGCAAAUAAUUUUUAAAUAUAAUCAACAAUAAAGACUGUUGUGGAUGGUAGUGUUUAAUACAUUUUAUAUUUUGUAUAGUGAUCACAAGCCUUUUGUUAAAAUCAGCAGCUUAUUUAGCCUAAUUCUUAGCAUUAUUUUGCCCCUUGCACCAGUCCUUUUGUUGUGCAUGCAUUUUGUGAUCUGUGUUAAAAACUGGCAUUGCUAACAUUGCAGCUCAAACGAAAACUUGUUAUUCAAAUAAAUAUUUAAUUUUUUAAAUUGCUCUUGUAUAAUCAGAUACUCCUUUUGAUAUUAUUUUAGAAGCCUUGGGAGGGUUUUGCCUGAAAUACAAUUUAUCAGGGGAAAACUAGAUUUUAGUUUUAUAAAACUUCGAAGUCUUUCAUGGGACCUAUAUUUUCUUGAAUUGAAUUUUGUAGUUCUAGAACAAACAGGCUAUCUAAACAGGUGUUACUGUGUUGCUAAAAAUCAGAGGCUUCCUUACAUUGUCACCUGGUACCCAGGAGGAAACUCCUGUGGUGUGGAGCACAGGGACGUUGAGCCCUCCGGGGUCAUUCCCCAUCAGCAAAGGUCUCAUGCCCUCCGCCCAGGCCCUGAAUGCUUCCUGCUCACAGCACAAGAGCCGCUGUACCUGUGGACCUGUCUGCUUCCUGCCAGAGGAUCCAGCAAGGGAGAGAGGACGCUCACUGGAAGAGGCGUCAGGUGGCUGCGCCCUGCUGCAGGAACUGAAGCAGCUUCCCUACAUGAACACAGAACUGCGCCUGAGGUGCAUGAGAGGCUGCUGCAAAAGCUCAAGUUGCCUGGACGUUUUGUAGGGAUGGAUACAAAUGCUGGUCCUUGAGAGCCACAAGCCAGUGGCACGCAAAAUAAAAUGUGCUGGAAACUUCUGAGUGAGAAACAUCCACUGUGCAGCUUUGUUUCGUUGUUUUGGCAUUGGUUGAGUGAGUGUGAGCCACAUUCAUUGUAGUGUAUUUCCCUGGUGGUGGGUCUGUGGAGAGGAAGUGAGCUAAGUGGAUUCUGCACUUGAGAAAAUCGGCUUUAUGAGGAUUUCUCUUGAUAAAGAGGACUGUUUGGGUACUCGGAAUGUGUGAUCCCAGCAGGAAGAACUGGCCUUUCAAGUGAUCCCUAUUGGUAGGUCCAGCCUCCCAGGUAUCAGAAUCAUCUGAGGUGUUUGUCCAAAGGCAUACUCCUGCCCUAAAGAUG